AUGGCCAACAGCUUCCUGGCUGCCAUCUGCCCCCGUCCCUCCCCGUCCCUCCCGUCCCCCGUCCCCAGCGCCCACCGCCUGCCCGCGGAUGCUGGCUGCAUCGCCCGAGCCCGCCGCUGCCGGGGGGGUGGUCUGGACAAGUUCAUCAAAGUCCACCUCCUGUCAGAUGAAUGUUUCCGAACUCAGGUCAAAGAAGCCAUCGCCAUCAUCUGCAGUUUCCUGAAGGAGAGGUGUUUCCGCCAAAGUGCCCUCUCGCCCGUCCAUGUGUCGAAGGUGGUAAAGGGGAGCCCACCCGGCGGCUCCUCAGGCAAAGGCACCACCGUCAGAGGCCGGUCUGGUGCUGACCUCGUCGUCUUCCUCACCCUCCAAAGUUUCCGGAGCAGUUUGAUCAGAGAAGACUUCAUCCGGGAAAUCAAAAAACAACUGAGAGCCUGUCAGAAAGAGAAGAGGUUUACCGUGUACUCUGAGAUCCCGAAUAAGGACCCCCGUGCCCUCAGCUUCAAGCUCAAGAGCAGCUGUCUCCAGAAGGAGGUGGGGUUUGAUGUACUGCCCGCCUAUGAUGUCCGGGGGCCUGUGUCGGUGAUGGGAGACUACAGACCUGACCCCCAAGUCUGCGUCAAGCUCAUCCAAGAGCGCAAGAGCCUGGGGCAAGAGGGCGAGUUCCCCUCCUGCUUCUGGGAGCUGCGACGGGCCUUCCUGGAGCAGCGCCCGCUCCAGAGCCCCCUCCGCCUUGUCAAGCGCCAGAAGUGCAAGGGGAAGCUUGGGCAGCCCCUGCCGCCUCAGUACGAGAGAACAGACUUCAUCACAGCGCAGGGAUUUCAGAGCGUCUGGGAGUUAGUCCUGAACUACCAGAAGCUUUGCAUCUACUGAACAAAGUAUCACAACACGGGACAUCCUGUUACUCCGUGCCUGCAGAGGCAGCUCGGGAAACACAGGCCUGUGAUCCUGGACCCAGCAGACCCCGCAGGAAACCUUGCUGAUGGGGAACUAGGUGGCUGGCAGCGGCUGGCACAAGAGGCUAGAGUCUGGCUGUCUUACCCAUGCUCUAGGAAUCAGGAUGGGUCUCCAGUGGGCUCCUGGAAGAUACAGGUUUAUGGUAGUUCUCACUCCAGGCCGAGGGGGCAUUUUGACGUCGCCUAUAAACAGCACUGUUGCAGCCUCACCAUGUGGAUAAUCCACCUGUGUGUCUUCUGA